AUUCCUCAACAACAUAUCGACUCUCAAACCAGCCGAUCUCUGAUCACACUUUGCUCUGCCUGAGCUCGGUCAGCGCUGUGUGGGACCGGGUCUUUGAUGUCUGCGGGCUGAUCCCAGAUCAGAUACAUGCGCCUCAGAUCCAUAAAGCCACCCCCCUCUCCCCGCCUUUGAUGUGUGCGCCGAGUGUAGUCCCCGGGCUGCUGCUGCUGCUCCUCUGAGUUGGGCUGGAGCUGCAGCGCUGACAUGGUGAGCGGACCGGUGCGGGAAACACAGCACCACACCUCUCACCGGUCUGCCUUCGACUUUUAACAACCAAUACUUUGAUCAACAGGAGCCUUUUAGCAGCUGCAGGCAACUCAUCAAAAUGGUUUGGAUCCUUCAACACACCUUCUCACUUCUACUAACUGUGCACAUCAUAGGUUCAGCUCUGAUUCCUGUGGGGGCCGAGGAGGAGACCAGAGAAUGCAGAGAGCAGGAGUACAAGGACCGCUUUGGGAACUGUAAACCCUGCAAGCAGUGUGAUGCAGGACAGGAGCUAUCAAAGGAAUGUGGCUUUGGUUAUGGAGAGGAUGCCCGGUGCGUGCCCUGCCGGAGCAGUCGCUUCAAGGAGGACCGGAGCCUGCAGAAGUGCAAGCCCUGCCUGGACUGUGGACUCAUCAACCGCUUCCAGAAGGGCAACUGCUCCACCACCAGCAACGCUGUGUGUGGCGACUGUCUGCCGGGAUACUACAGGAAGACAAAAUUAAGUGGCUUCCAGGACAUGGAGUGUAUACCGUGUGGGGACCCUCCACCUCCUUAUGAGCCGCACUGCAGUGGGCGUGUGAACCUGGUGCCGCUGCCCUCGGUGGUGACCAGCCCGCGGGACAUGGCCCUGGCCGCGGUCAUCUGCAGCGCUCUGGCCACCGUGCUGCUGGCCCUGCUGGUCCUGUGUGUCAUCUACUGCAAGAGACAGCUGCUGGAGAAGAAGCCCAGCGCGGCCUCUCUGAGGUCCCAGGAUUGUCCGUACAGCGGAGCAGAGCUGUCCUGCCUGGACCCACGCUGGCUCCACGACUUCCCCCAGAGACCCUGCUGCCAGUGUCACCUGGGCCCCGGACACACCUGUGGUCCAGUCCACCUGAUCCCGUCUCUGUGCUGUGAUGAGAGCUGCAGUCUGGGCCGCAGCCUGGACAACAGUCCCUUCCAGUCCCAGAUGAGCCUCAGUGAUGGAAAUACACCCCAGGAUGAGGAGGGUCCCCCGACACAGCUGGGAGAACAUCCAGAGUCUGCGUGCAAAGAGGCUGAUGGGAUGAGAGGGAGUUUAGAGCCUGCAGAGUGUCUCGGGCUGCCUCAGUGCAACGCCGAUCCUGCAGGGAGACUGGAGGUGGAAGAAGAAGAUGGGGAUGAAGAGGAAGGGCGCAGGUCAAGGGAGAACUCACCUGAGAGGACCAGACAGAGCUACAGUGAAGCUGUGACAGAUGCACUUCUCCCCAAACAGCACUCAAGUCAGGAAGGAUGACAUGGAUUUCUUUGGCUCGUGUUCCACCCUUGAACCACCCUGGACUCAACAACAGCCGCGGCCAGAUCCCGGAUCAGAUUACUCACUAACCCCCCCCCCCUUGUACAGACAGGCAGCAGCCACUCUCAAGUGUGGUCGCACCCCACCUUUUUGAAAUGCCUCCUGCUGACCUCAGAGCCCCUCAUCACUGGGUCCAAACAGAACAUGUACAUACAUAAAACAACAAAAGCACUGCUGAGGAAGGCAAAGCAUGAGGGCAAAGGGAUAGAAAUACACACACACACACACACACACACUCUCUCACACGCACACAAAAUGUGAACUCGCUGGCCCAGAAGGUGAAAUCAAAUGAAGUUCAAAUGUCAAGGACUAUUGACUUAUCCGCGCCGAGCAAAGUGAAUCAAAGUGAGCCUCUGCUCCGCCUCGAGAAUGUCUCGCAUCUUCACAUGUAGGAGAACAAACUGUACCACUGAUCUAGCAGCAGCUGGUGUUAUGAAGCUUUUGUGUGUAAAGGUAACAAAAUUUGAGGCGUGAAGAAAAAGUGUCAAAAGUAAUUAUGUUGCACAUUGAAGACAAUCUUGAUAAUAUGGAACAAGUAAAGACGAGGAAUGUUUAAGUGAUAAAUGUGUUGUAGAUACUGUAAAAUACUAAAUAGGUCAAUAUUUUUGUAACAUAGACAUGACUGAUGAUGUUUUGCUUUUCUUCCCCCAGUUAUAGUGUUGAUGGUUGUGAUUGGUCACUGCCACAUAUUGUUUUUGUAAAUAAACCACUUGAACAAGUUUACACACCGUGGAAUUUAUUUUCUCAAUUAUUCAGUGGAUUUGUUGAAUCAAACAAUUAGGCAACGCACUUUCAUAACGUUGAAGGACUUGCGUAAAACAAAUUUAAAAAAGAGGUUUGACAGUUGAUACCUCAGACCGACUCAUCCUGCCUUUUGGCCCUGUUUACACCUGGUAUUAACACGCAGCUUGGGUGAUCAGAUCACACGUGGACAGCGCUAAAUAUAAGGACGCAUUCACCCUGGCGCUAUUUGGUCUGCUUUAAACGAACCCUGGUCCGCUUCCACGGAUAGUUGGGUUUGUUUUGAGUGGUGUGGACGCUCAUUCGAACUCUGGUGCGGACCAAACGAGCAAAUUCUUGUCCGCUUGAAAACUGGUGGUCUCAGUUCACUUACAAGUGAACCCUGGUGCUGUUUGCUUGCAGUGGGAAAUGCAAACUGACUAUCCAGCGAACCAAAGAGAGGAAGUGAACCGAAGAGAGGAAGUGACGUAGGGCAACACACUGGGCAGCUUCUUGUGAAAAAACAAUUUGGUUUGAACACCAAAGUAAAAACAGAAACCCCAAGACUGAAUAAAUUUGGUGUUGGUCCAUUGUUUUUGAGGUGACCAAGCCGGCUGAAGGGGAUGGAUUUGCAUUUUCGGUCCUGGCCUGUCUUCUUCUUCCUCAUGCUUUUUUUCCUCCUGGUCAGUGGUCAUUUCGGGCAAUACCGCCCCCAAACAAUCAGCUGUUAUAACUGCGUGACGUUGUCCAGGUGGUUUGGUCCGCUUUAAAAAGUGCAGUGUGAAAGUGACCCGAACCAAAUGAAGGUGUGAACUUUUUCGGCAUUCCCUGGCCAAUCAAACAGAGUCCCCUGAACUAUCCUGGUGCGAAUGCCUCUAAGUGUAAACAACCACCAAGACACACAUAGCUUUUGUAUUGUGUUUGCUGAUGUAUCUCUGACCAGGACGACGUCAUCAAGGCAAGACAUUGUGGUUGUUUAGGUGACACCACACUAACACUCUGUAACUUAACCAUUUUACAAUGAGUUGGACCAAGUGAUACGUGACCAUCCAUCGUUUUGCCAUAUGGAAGUGGACAUGCUGAAUUCUGCCGACAGCAAUAUGUACUGACACAACCGCUAAUACAGUGGUUCCCAACUGGUUCAGCCACAGAGUCCAGAUUUCUCAUUAGCCAUUAGUUUAAUGUCCACAAAGUUCAAUAUAUUCAGUGUCAUACUUGCAUUUGGCCAUGUCAUCAGACUAGUUCGCUGUCUUUGUUAAGUAGCUUCCUGUUAUGCACUGACUCUACAGCAGGAAAUAGCACUCCAAAAUAAAAGCUUGUGUUGUAAAUUCACUGUACUUCAAAAUUAAAGUGUGUUUUUUACUAACUUGACACGUUCGCGAGUCACCAGCUGGGAACCACUAUGCUAAUGUGACUAGCGAGCAUGCUAGUGAGAGUGUGGACAUAAAAACUGCAUGCAGGGCCCUUUGACCUCGUGUAAGUGAUGUAGGUAAUGAUGAAACCUGAACACAGGUGGUCAGCUGGAGACAUGAGACACAUUUGUGAAUGGCAAUGUAUGUUCGUAUCACUGAAACACAUGUUAAUACCAGGUGUAAACAGGCUCUUUGUCUCUAGUUUCGUUUAAGCCUCAAAAACUCUGAAUCCUUCCCAUAAUCCAACUUCAGAGCAUAAAACAAUCGACAGAAAAUUUCGGGGAUCAGACAACACAAGCAUUAUGUAGACUUUAAGAAUAUCCCCCUAUUUUCCACAUUUUAUAGACAAAACAAUUUAUUAUUCUGAAACAAAUAUUCAAGAAGAUCUUUAACAACCGUUAACUGCAGCUCUAGAACUCAGUGUCUUGACAUCAGACCCUCUCUGUAAUACAGGCUUACCGUAAAUGUCUGUUGUCUCUAAGCCCAAAUUGAUGACAUCAUUGGGUUUUUCCAAACUUUACAAAGCUCCUCCAGAGCCACAGAAGACACACUCAGUUGCCAGUUCAUUACUAAUUAAACCUCGCCAAAACUGAUGAAGUCUAAUACAACGAUCCUACAAUAAAUCCUAUCUUAUCAAGGUUAUGAUGCUCAGUGGUUAUUUAAACAGAUUUUUAAACUCGUUUAGCGGUGCUGGUUAAACUUAAUGAUCAUUUUGGAGGAUGUAGUUGAGGGUGAAGUUAAGUCUAAAAUGACCGUCACAUCCAGACGAUCAGUCAAGUUGCUGUGUGGCCAGAGCCACCCAGCUCACUCAGUCUCUCUCAUUGAUGGCGUGUUCGCACCUUCAAUAACCAUGAAAAGCUGCUUCUCGCUGCCUGCCUCGGGUCUCAUAUCUGAGCGAGGCAAGCAAGGACAUUGUUACAGGCAGCAGCUGCAGUCCCAGCUCAGCUGAUAAUUACUGGCUGAAUCUGUCGAAACAGAUGCAAACAGCCGCUUUGUUGAAGAGACUGUUCUGGAGCGUCUGUGGAAAAAGUUCUUCAGAGACCAAGCUGCAAGAGGCUCUGCUUCAAAGUGAUGUUUGAAAGACUUUAACGCAGUGCGGAGUAAAAAGUUCUCGGCUCAGACAAUCCUGUUUAAAAUGUCCACGACUUUCUAAUGUCUUUGAAAAUGCUUAACACAAAGUGCUGAUUUUCUCUCUCUGACCUCCAGCGCACCAAACACUCCUCCUCCUCCUCCCCCCUCAAAACUCCAGACAGACAAAACAGAUGGAGCGGCAUUAAUUUAGAGCCUAAACAAUGACCACAUGACAGGAAGAGCAGAUUAAGUAUUCUUCCUCACGCUGAUUUGAUCAGGAAAAAACAAUGUGCUGCUCGUAUGGGAGCUGAAAACUGACAUUUAAUGAGGGGAUACUAGAUGAGGAAUUAAUGAGAAUAAAAGCAAAUUAAACAAUGAGAACCACAUAAAUAGGAACUUGGUGACAUUUAUAUGAGUAUGUUACAUUACAGAGGACAUUUUCUGUUUUUUUAACAACAAUC